AUGGCCCCGAAGCCUCCGUGCGCAAAAUACCAAUACGUCGUGACCACCGCAGGCCCAAAAAUCCUCCCUGUCGAUGAACCAGCGUGCAAGGACGAGGAGAGCCCGGCAGAUUACAACGCGGGGGGAUAUCUUCCCGUUAAAGUAAACGACUCCUUUAAACAAGGUCGAUAUCGGGUCGUGAGGAAGCUUGGAUGGGGUCAUUUCUCGACUGUUUGGCUGGUCAAAGACGCUGAGUCUGAACGACAUUCUGCUCUCAAAGUCGUCAAGUCAGCUGGUCGAUACGCCGAGACAGCCCGAGACGAGAUUAAACUUCUAUCACGAGUAGAGUCAUUUUCGCCUGAUCACCCAGGACGCCCCCAUGUCGUCUCUUUUCUCGACUCAUUCACACAUACUACCCCGGAGGCAUCGCACAUUUGCAUUGUCUUCGAGCCUCUCGGAGAGAACUUACUUGCUUUGAUUGAGCGACACAAGAAAAAAGGCGUUCCGCGUGCUUUGGUCAGGGUAAUUGCAAAGCAAGUUCUUCUUGGUCUUCAAUAUCUCCAUGAUGAAUGCGACCUUGUCCACACUGAUAUAAAGCCGGAGAAUAUAUUAAUUUCUAUUCCCGACGUCGAGUCUCACAUUCAUCAUGAACUCUCACAAUCGCCUCUACCUACUUCUCGUAGGGUCGGCGUACCCCUCCCCACUAAAUUCCGACACGGCGUUUCGAUUCCGCAGAACCAACAACGCCCCAGACGUCAGGUGCAGAUAUUCAAUUCUCAACCUCUAGCGAGCCCCGUUCGCAGCGCUGGUAAGAGUGGGAAUGGAAGCUUGAGCAACGGAGGCAGUGGCGUCAAUAGCGUGAGUGGCAGCUACGUGGCCCAGAUGCAGAUAUCGCGCCUCGGUUCCAGCGGUGUUAUAGGCUUCGCUAGUGGGACAGUAGCGAGUCUUAGUUCCAGUGCACCGAAGGGUUUAGGCGCCAUGUCUAAUUCCUCGAGACCAAAGCCCCCUGUGAGUGGUGACGCCAAUCCCUCUUCUCCCUCGACGUCCUCUUCUUCCUCCUCCAUUUCCUCUACACUUGUAUCGACGGCACCUGGUCUUAGCAGCGUCGCUAGCACGCCGGCUACAUCAUUGCCACAGUCGCUCGGCAGUGCUCUUAUCUCCUUUGCCUCGAUCGGCAAACCUUUGUCAAGUAAGGAGAGGCUCUCUAGCCUGUCAGAAGGUUCACCGAAUGUGACUCGAGAGAAAGCGGGGUCAGCGGGGGUCCGUCAACGGAUCAACAAACACGAAAGCGAGUCAGGAUUGUCCUCUUCAUGGAAAGACAGACUUGCCUCCAGCCUAGGUACAUCCCUAUCAUGGAGAGACAGGUUGCCGAUUUCAUUGUCAUCUUCGCCGAAGUCUGCGUCCAAUAUAUCCCCGAGUGGUAGCAAAGUCAAGAACGGACGCUCCCAUCUGGAAGAUUUGCGUCAUGCGUCUUCGGGUCUAUCAGUCGCUAGUGCAUGGAAGGAUCCUGGCACAGCUGCGCUAGCGCCUGCUCUUGUUGUUUCAGCGUCAGUGCGCGCAGACGGCGAAGAGGCUGGAAACUUCUUCCACAUGACCAGCGCUUCUUCGACUACAGGAAGUAGCGAACGACCGUAUACAAGCGGGACACAUGUAGUAUCCACUAGCUCAUCGGCGACUGUGACUGGUGCUAGGCCCUCUCCGAGCGGUACGCCAUACCCACCGGAAGGCGCUCAGUAUCACAAAGUCCAGUCACCCAAGCUGAAUGGUGAAUCGAGUUCACAAACCCCGAACCAACCGGCUUCCCUCCUUACGCAGACGGCUCCCCGUUCAACGGCUCCAGUGUCUGUUCCACUUGCCCUUCGACAUAAACCAUAUACACGACCAUCCCCGAACCAUCAUUUCUCACAUCUAUCCGCCCACCUGCUCGAUAAACCUAGUCCCAAUCAUAAUAGUUGCGCUAAUAGUGUAAUAUGUCCCAAUCCUCAAUCGUUUGGCUCGAUGUCACCCGCAUCUCUUACCCCCACUCCCAUGACACCUGCACUACAAGCCCCGCCUCCCACUCCCGCUGCCUCCUCUCUUGAUUUACCUGCGACAUCACCCCUUUCUGCGCCUUUACCGCCAAUAGAUACGAACGUCACGUCGCUUCCCCCCGUACACCCGGUGUGGAUCAAGAUCGCUGAUCUAGGAAACGCCACACCAUCUCAGAAACACUUCACAGAGGACAUCCAGACACGGCAGUACCGGGCGCCAGAGGCUAUCCUUGGGCGAAAAGACUGGGGCACACGAGUGGAUAUCUGGAGUGUGGCAUGCGUGAUCUUCGAGCUUCUGACGGCUGAAUACCUUUUUGAUCCUCAAGGACAGGGGGAGAUGUUUACCAAGGAUGAUGAUCAUAUGGCACAGAUCAUCGAACUCAUGGGUGACUUCUCUGUCGAUGCCAAGAUGGGCGGUAAAUACAGCAGGGAAUUGUUCGAUGCCACCGGCGCUCUACGGUAUAUCCGUACACUCAAGCCCUGGCCAUUAAAGCGGGUGAUGAUGGAGAAGUACCUCUACACCGACGCCGAUGCCACAGGGCUGUGCGACUUUUUGGAACCGAUGCUUGCUCCCGAUAUGAAAGAUCGCAAGGAUGCUAAAGAUAUGCUCGAUCACACUUGGAUGCGAGCUUGCGCAGAAGAUGAGCCGGUGGAUCAGUGGUAG